CAGAAAAAUGAGCUAUAAAUAAACCUCCAGCUGCGCAACUCUCAGGAGGUGAAGCGCGAGCCUUGGCGGUGCCCUAUCUGCGCAGGCGCACACAGGGCAAGCGCAGUUGCUCCGUUAGCACUCUGAGGCACUACUGCGCAGGCGCGGGGCCGGGGCUAGGGCAGAACGGGCAUAGUGGAACGGACCGUGUGGUAUGCUCCGCGAUGUCUGAGGCGACUUGGUGGUACCGAGGAGGUGAGGGGACUUCAAAACAUGACCUGCAUUACAGAAGGGAAGCGGAGGUUAACACCACACUCGAGGAGUUGUUACUCUAUUUUAUUUUCUUAAUAAAUCUAUGCAUAUUGACUUUUGGGAUGGUCAAUCCACAUAUGUACUAUUUAAACAAAGUUAUGUCGUCUCUGUUUGUGGACACUUCUCUACCUGAUGAUGAAAGAAGCAGCUUUAGGUCCAUUCGGAGCAUAACUGAGUUUUGGAAGUUCAUGGAAGGACCCCUCAUCGACGGCUUGUACUGGGACUCGUGGUAUGGCAACAAACAGCUGUACAGUGUGAAGAACAGCAGCCGCAUCUACUACGAGAACGUUCUUCUCGGCAUCCCCAGAGUGCGGCAACUGCGAGUCCGAAACAACACUUGCAAGGUCUACCCAGCUUUCCAGUCCCUGGUCAGCGACUGCUACAGCAAGUACACAGUGGAAAACGAAGACUUCUCUGAUUUUGGCCUCAAACGCAAUCCAGAAUGGACGCACACACCUUCUUCCCGCACUGCCCCAUGGCACUGGGGGUUUGUUGGCGUAUACCGAGAUGGAGGAUAUAUAGUCACGUUAUCAAAAUCAAAAUCUGAAACCAAAGCCAAAUUUGUUGACCUUCGACUGAACAACUGGAUUAGCAGAGGCACCAGGGCUGUUUUUAUUGAUUUCUCCCUGUACAAUGCUAAUGUCAACCUGUUUUGCAUCAUCAGGCUGCUGGCAGAGUUCCCUGCGACGGGUGGGCUCCUCACCUCCUGGCAGUUCUACUCUGUGAAGCUCCUCAGAUACGUCUCCUACUACGACUACUUCAUUGCCUCCUGUGAAGUCAUAUUUUGUAUUUUUCUCUUUGUCUUCAUAAUACAAGAACUGAGGAAAGUGAACGAGUUUAAGUCUGCCUAUUUCAGAAGUGUCUGGAACUGGCUGGAGAUGCUGCUCCUGCUGCUCUGUUUUCUCGCCGUGUCUUUCUAUGCAUACUGUAACAUGCAGAGCUUUCUCUUGCUUGGACAGCUGCUGAAAAACACUGACAGCUAUCCCGACUUUUACUUCCUUGCAUACUGGCACAUUUACUAUAACAACGUAAUUGCUAUCACUAUCUUCUUUGCAUGGAUAAAGAUAUUCAAGUUCAUAAGCUUCAAUGAGACAAUGUCGCAGCUGUCAUCAACACUCUCCCGCUGCAUGAAGGACAUCGUGGGGUUCGCCAUCAUGUUCUUCAUCAUCUUCUCUGCUUAUGCCCAGUUGGGAUUUCUGGUUUUUGGGUCACAGGUUGAUGAUUUUUCAACUUUUCAAAAUUCCAUAUUUGCACAAUUUCGAAUUGUCCUCGGGGACUUUAAUUUUGCUGGCAUCCAGCAGGCCAACUGGAUCUUGGGGCCCAUCUACUUCAUCACGUUCAUCUUCUUCGUGUUCUUUGUGCUCCUGAACAUGUUCUUGGCAAUAAUUAAUGACACCUAUUCUGAAGUUAAGGCUGAUUAUUCAAUAGGCAGAAGACCAGAUUUUGAACUUGGUAAAAUAAUUCAAAAGGCAAACCACUGACUUGGCCCAGAGAGCCAGAAGAGACGGCUUUGAUGAAAGUGUAAGGUUUUAAUUCAUUUUUAUAAACCAAGUGAUCGCUUUAUUAGAAGUUGAUUAAUAGAAAUAAUUUAUAGCAAGUUAUCACUUCCAAUAUAUCUCUCAUAAUCUGUGGCCUUUCCCAUUUGCCACAGUAAGCAGUUUAAAGAACAAUGGAGAGAUCUAUUUAUAGGACUUAAUAUAUAUAAAUAGAUCAUUUCUAUUAAAAGGACCCAUGUUAAUUUUCACAAAUCUGGGUAUUGUUUUAUGCAUGUAUGUGUGGGUACAUUGUGUAUAGGUGGGUAUGUACACAGACCAAAGGUAUUAUCUCAGGAAGACCAUCCACCCCUUUAAAACGGGCUCUCUCAUUGGCCUGAAGCUCACCAAUUAGACUAGACUGGAUUGCCAGUGAACUCCAAAGGUCCUUCUGUCUGGCUCCCCGGCCCUGAGGUUACAAGAGUAGACUACCACAGUCAGCAUGUUAAAAAGAUUUACUUGUGUAUUUGUCUAUAUGAGUAUAUGUACACAUACAUGUGUAUAUAGGUGCACAUACCUCUGUAUGGACUUUGAGUCCUGGAGAAAAUUUGGGCAUCCUUUUGUAACAUUUUCCACAGUUCAAGACUUUUAAAAAUAUAAGUCCAUAAUUCAAUAACUCACUCCUGAGAUAAAAGAUGUGAGAAUUAAGAGUGUAUGUAUGAGAAACUUUACCUAGCGCUAUAAACAUGAGGCUCAUCCAAAUGAAAUUUGGAUGUACUAAAAGGAAAAAAUAAUCAAGUUAGCAUGAAAAUAUUCAACAUCAUAAACCAACAGGAUAAUAGCUAGAAUAUCUUCACAGAAUGAUGUUAGACUUCUUAUAACCAACAAAACUAUGCUUCAAAUACAAAGGUCAAAUCUACAUGAACUUAACCGAAUGCUAUAGCUUUCUGCAGAUUCUUCUAAAGGAUGAGUAUAAGCCAACCAAAGAUGGUGGAAAAACACUAGAGAGGGGGAAUGGGGCAGGAAGUUACAAAAGUUAGAGGAGGCUCACACACCUGCAGUCCCAGCAUUUGGGAGAUGGAGGCAGAGAGAUCAGGAGUUCAAGGCUAGCUUCAGCUGCAUAGUAAGUGGGAGAUGGUCCAACUUGCUUCCCAUGCAUGAAGGCCUGAGUUCAAAUCCCAGCACCCAUAUGAAAAGCAGGGCAUAUGAUGCUGUAGCCUGUGCAUUGGACAGAUGGGCAGGCAGAUCCUGAGAGCUUACGAACUGGGAAAUAAGGCAGAAUGUAACGAAGACACCCGAGGUCCUGGUGUGGCCUCUGCAUGUGUUCAUGCACUGUAUGCACCAAACACAUGCACAAAAACUUUUCUAAAAAUGAGUUAAGCCCAGGUACUAAUGUACCUACAGUAUAUCAGCCUGAUCAUUUAGUAGUAAACAGUCUUACUGCAAAGACUGAGAGCUACAGCUAGCAAGGUACCUGCCAGCAGUGGCGCUUCCCAGACCACGGGGCUGAGGGACCAUCACACCAGGCAGGGAUCUCCUUAGCUGUCUUGCAUCCUUUGCACAAUCUCUGGAUCUUCAUAUGAAGCUGCCCUAGUCCAAAGCGUGUUUGCUUUCUAAAUUAGCCUUGUGAUUUGAUUGUACAUGUUCAUGUGUGUGGAUGGAGGGCAAAGUCAGCACUGGGCAUCUUACUCUAUUGAGACAAGGUUUCACUGAACCUGGAGCCAUCCACGACUAGACUAGGUACCCGAUGUCACAACUUGGCUUUUGGUCUGGCUGCGAAGAUCUGAACUCAGGCUCCUAUGGUUCCCUAGCAAGUGCUUUAUGGAGCAACUCUAGCACCUUUUGAGACAGAUUUGUGUGAUGUAGCCCAGAGCGGCCUCAAAUUCUCACCGUCCUUCUUUAGCCUCUUGUAAUACCAGCAUGCACAUGCUACCAGAGCUGGCUUACUGAAACACUUGGAUCAUACCUGAGGACACUCCCUUCUCCUUUCCUGGGUUGUUUCUCAUUUUCACAAGUCUGUUUUAUCCACCCUAAAUUUGAGAAAAAUGAGGCAGGCAAGAUGGCUGAGCAGGUAAAGGCACCUGCUAUCAAGCCUGACAACCUAAGUUUGAACUCCAGAACCCACAUGACCUUGCAAGUUAUCCUAACACAUGUACACACACACAGAGACACACACACACACACACACACACACGCACGCACGCACGCACACACGCAAAAACCACUGAAAUGUAAUAAUGUACUUAGACACAAGACAAGUCAAUGGUGGUAAGGAAGGGUCACAGGAGGACUCCACAUCAGGAAGGGACAGUAAUACUUGUUUUCUAGUAUAAGAGACUUGGGUAAACAACACUGGUGCACGCAGACCAUUAACCAAGUAGGGAGUAUUUACAAUGGACUGAGUCACUUCUGUGCAAGUCUGGCAGAAAACCUGCAGGGAGGGCAAAGAAUGGCCACAGACACAUUCUGAAGGAUACUUGCUGGGGUAGGACUCAUGGCAAGCAGAGAACCUACACAGCACAUAGGAGACUCUGGCAUCAAAACUCAGCAUUGAAAAAGAGGGACAAGAGAGUAUUAGUCCUGAUUUAUCAGGGAAGAGAUGUGGUGAUGCAGAAGAAAAAGGUGAGGCGUGAGGUUAGUGAACAAGAUGAAGAUGCACGCCCUUGCCUAACUGUGCUGCGCAGCUCCCAGCCCAGGCUGUGGGGAGCCUGGGGUCCUCAGUAGGCUACUUGGGAGUCUUUGGUAUACAGACAGCAGCCUGUGCUUGUUUACUAAAUUGAUAGGAGAUCCAAGAGGCAGAGCAGAUGAAAAGAUGGAAGGAAAGGCUUGAAAAAAAGUAUUAUUCUACAGAAAUUCAAGACGAUUAUCAGCCUGUCACUCAGCAAGAAUUCCGAGAGUAAGUAUUUGUAACAUAUACCAACUAGGGUAUGUGCAACCCAAGGAUAUGCAGAGGGCACAAGUUAUAUACCUUAUUUUCUUGAGCCAGAGUCCUAUGUGCUAUACCUAAUUCUUCAUUUUCUGCAGUUUCAAAAUUAAAGCACACAACUCCAUUUUCUUAGAAAGUAAGACCAGGGGGCUGGAGAGAUGAUUCGGUGAUUGACAGCACUGGCUGCCCUUCCUGAGGACCCAUGUUUGAAUCCCAGCAUCCAUAGGAUAGCUCACAUUCUAAUUCCAGUCCCAGGAGAUCAAUGUCCUCUUCUGACCUCUCUAGCACCAGGCAUGCCUGUGGUGCAGACAUCCACGUUAGGAAGUGGAACGUGGUGUUGUCCCUCUCCAUGACAGGGGGCACAGCAGACUGUCCUCACAACUUCCUGUAGACUGCCCCAACUACCCUGUGGGCUGGGCUUCAGGGGCUUGUCCCCCCAUCUCCCUUACAAGACAGUGAUAAGUCUACUUCUAAACUCUCCCCUAGGCUCUUUUUAUACGCGGUGGAGCUUGAGAAGGAAUUACACUAUGUCAGUUUAAAACUGAACCAACUGAUGAGAAAGCUGCACUAGCAGGCUGACAAGUGGAGGUAAGACUGCAUGGGAAGGUGCACUGUAGUAAAUCCUCGGGGCAUUUACUAUAUUGUCCCCUAAACAUGCCACCCUCACCAGCACACAUCAUUGUUGUCACACAGUGCAGGGGACUGAGUGUAGCAGCCUGCAAAUGCUAAGCGCUGAGCUAUGUCUGCAUAGUACUGCAUAUGUACUGAAGCAGCUAUCACUUAUAAUAGGAUGAGUUCUGUGAAUCAAGCGCUUUCUGUCAUCUGUACACGGGCACACUAAGAUUCUUUUUUUUUUGGGGGGGGGGGGAGGCGUUGAAGACAGGGUUUCUCUGUGUAGCCCUGGCUGUCCUGGAAUUCACUCUGUAGACCAGGCCGGCCUCAAACUCAGAAAUCCGCCUGCCACUGCCUCCCAAGUGCUGGGAUUAAAGGCACGAGCCACCACGCCCAGCUCACACUAGGAUUCUUAUCACCACUAUUAAAUUCUGGGAGUAUAAAAAGGCAAGUCCAAGUUAAUGCUUCUCGCUCCGGGUGGCCGAUCUCUAGGUUGGAUGAGACGGAGAUGGUUCUCUCUGGGUACAGAGAACAAGAACUGUGUGGAAGUUUCAACCAUAUCAUAUCCCAGGGCCUCACUUGCUUUGGACAGAUGUAAGUCAAGUCAUAAGAUUCAAAAAAGGCAUUAUAUCAAUAUAAAAUAAUCUCCACUCUUCAAAAUCCAAAACUCCUAGAAAAAGUCAAACACAGAACAAACUGCAGCUAAAACCAGAAAUCUAGAAGAGCAUUUCAAGUUUCCUAAAGUGGAACAGAGGGCGGCACAUUAGCAGAGGAGGUGCUCUGAGAGCCGCCCUGUUGGAAAGUGUGGGGCUGGUAUUUUAGAGACUGAAGGGGAACGGUUACUUUCUACAAGUCCCUCAAUAGCCAGGCUCUGUCCUGUGGGUCUGAGCUCCACCACACUCAAUUACAGCACUUAAUUUACACAUUAAUGCUCAAGGUGUAUAUUUAAAGCAUGAAUAAGGCAAACAUUUAAAAAAUUAAAAAAACUGAAGCAAAUAUAUAAAGAAAAGAAAAGAAAAGAAAAGAAAAGAAAAGAAAAGAAAAUGUUGCCCAGACUUGCCUUGAAGCCCUGGGCGCAGAAGAUCCUUCUGCCGUGGCCAGAGUAGCUGGGACUAGAGGUGUGCAUAUCACACUGUGCCUAGUAAAUAAAGGAACUUGAAAAUUACUACCACCUCCCUCAAAGCAAGGAACUUCCAGGUGGGUUUUUUUUGUUUUGUUUUUAAAGAUUUAUUUAUUUUAUGUAUACGAGCAUACCAUUGCUGCUUUCUUCAGACACACCAUAAGAAGGCAUCUGAUCCCAUUACAGAUGGUUGUGAGCCACCAUGUGGGUGCUGGGAACUGAACUCAGGACCUCUGGAAGAGCAAUCGGUGCUCUUAACCUCUGAGCCAUCUACCCAGCCCCUUCUGUUUUUCAAGGCAGUAAUUCACUGCAACAAGAAAUGACUAACUCUGGCACUGGGAGGCAGGGAGGAGCAAGAGUUCAAGAACAACAUAAUGAAACUGUCUGGAAAGAAAGGAAGGUAGUUUGGGUGUUUCGCUGCAGCUUCUCUAAAUGGCGCUAAGAAGCGGUAGGCACGUGGACUUCUCCCCCAUAACCCCGCUGGCCAAACUGCUGAGCAACCUGGCUGUGUCCCCUGACAUCAUCACUGGGUAACUUAAAUAAGCCUAGAACAAUUAAUACCGCCUAGAAAAACAAACAUACAUUUACAAUGACUUAGAACAGUAAAGUUCUUUUAUUAUAAAAGUCUGUACAAUGAAGUGCCAAACAAACACAGCAAUGUAAUUAUAAGGUGGACACAUAUAUAUCUAUAUCUAUAUAGUAUUUAUAUAUAGAUAUAAUUUUUAUUUGUACCAAAGUAAACCUCUUGCAAGCUGCCUAACUAUCCCCACUGCUAACCAUGAGUUCAGUGCAAGCCCAUGGAAGCGUGCGAGCCACUUCACUACUCUAUUCAGCCCAAACUAACAACUCAACGACCAAAUUAUGAAGCAGCUGUAACUCAACGAAACCAGUCAGGCUACAGACUUAUAAAAAUAUUGUACUCAAAUAGAUUUAGCGUUAUACAGAAGGAAUAUAUUAUUUAAAACAUUUAAAUAGUGCACAUGAACAUUUUUGCAUGUGGUAUACAAAAUAAAACAUUCAUAAAAAUAUACAGUGCACAUAAAAUUACAUGUAGCAAUCCUGUCUGGGAAAAAAAACUAAAAAGUACACCACAUGAUGGGUUCAAAUCAAAUGAUACAGGGUUUUUUUGGCAUUCUUAAUUACUUUUCUAAAAAUACAUUAUGAAUGACCUAGUAUUAUCAAAAGGAAACCACACAAACAAGGCUGGGUGAUUCAGUACUUAACAAAAAAAAACCCUCCAACUACACACUCACUACUGCUGGAUUUUCCCUCUCCCCCAGAAAGGCAUUGCACACACAAGUGAAAUGUGAAGUACGUAGACACACUAUUCCUUAUCAAACUACUUCCUGCUCUUACUGGGUAAUAAUAGUGGCAGCGUUCAAGGUUCAUGCUUUCCUCACCUUAUUAAAGAUGUUGUGAAAUUCCAUUUAUUUGUAUGAAACAAACUAUUAAGAAGAAAAUCAUGCAUGAGUCAUUACAUGCAAAGCAUGGGCAAAGUGAGACAUUUAUCAAUUCAAAUAAGCACCGGGGUGGGGGUGGGGUAUGAGGGACAACCCACUUAGAUGAAGCCUGACCCACAUCUGUCAUAUUAACACAAGUUACUAUCCCGUAAGAAAUGAUUAGCAGAUUAUCUGAAAAGCCAUGCAAAGCCAAACGAAAAAAAGAUGCUAAGAGUCUACGACAAGAAGCAUACCACUACACAUCCUGUGAGCGGCUGCUCUGAACAGCAAGCAACUGGGCGGGCGAGCGAGCGGUGGUCAUCUGGAGAUGAAGCCCCCUGAAUAAACCUGGAAAGCUGCAGUGGUCUAGCCCUUGGAGAACACACUGAGGUGUGCUCAUUCUUUUGAGGCCCAUCUGAUGACACACAGAUCUGAGCACCACCCAAGUCCCUCCACACUGGCAUGGCUAUUUUCUCACAUUAUCUGGAGGUGGGUUGGGGACAGCACAGGGAUUGAUCCAGACAAGUCAGCAUUGCCAGCUGGUGACAGUAACUGAAGUCCUGUAGGCAGCAUGUGAUGUGAUUCAGCUCUGUGAGUGAUGUGUGUAAUGUUGCAAUGACUAAGCAAGGUUGCUUUGUGGUCUACUCGAGCUUCUCUCCGUUCAGGAGUUGUGACCACUGAAUUGCAAAUCCUGGCUAAGUGCUAUCUGUGCAGGUGUCACUUUGGGAACGACACAGAAAGGUGUUCCAAUGUAGGAUUUGAAAAUCCAGUUUGGUUUUCUAGAAAAAAACAAUACCGUUCCAUAUGUCACACUUAUAGGCUAUUCUUUUACAUUUUCAGUCAUUUUAUAAGAAAAGGCAACCGAAGAAUUUCAUUCAGUAUGAAGAUUUUUUCCUCUCAAUUUUCUUCAGUAAUGCAAAAGAAAAAACAAAAAGUAAACAGAAGAGCUUUUUAUUUCAAAGUUCUUGAAGUAAAAGAGUAAAACUCUUGUCCUUUGCUAACAGCCGUGUCUGCAGUAAAACAAUGAAGGAGCCUGCGUGUUUCCUAAGUGUGGAGAGGAUCUGCGGGAAUGUGGAACAGCUUUCCUUGCCUACUGGAACCACAAACAAGCACACAAUGGGACUCUCUGAGUGCCUGACAAAGUGAACGCAAGUACAGCCAAGCACACAUGGUGAACUGUCAGGGAA